GUUUCGAGGAAUGACAUUUUUCAACAUUUUCAAAAUGGCGACAGGAAUUGUAGAAAAGGUCUCUGAAAAAGUCUCCUUUGCUACGAAAAUGCCAAUGUUAAUGAAGGCAACAGCUGAUAACGACAGGCCUACACCUGGAUAUCUAUACCAGGAAAUAACUAAGAUAACCAUGGAGUCAUACUCAAACUGCCACUUACUUAUGGAUUUUCUAAGUGACAGACUUAAGAAAUCUUCACCUCAUAUAAAAUACAAGGCUCUAAAGAUCAUGACAUAUGUAUCAGCCAAUGGCCAAUCAGAAUUCAGAAGUGCAUUAAGACACAAAAACCAGCACAUCCGUGAUGCUGCAAAUUUUUCUGGCCCAAUGGAUGCACUCCACGGUGACUCACUCAACCUAAAAGUACGAAAAGCAGCAACUGAACUCAUUGAACUCUUAUUCAACAUUGAGAACCCCGAAUCUUCCCAGCAGUCCUUUAUAAUGUCUGGACCAUCAGGGCAGAAGAUGGAAGGCUUUGGAAACACACCAACAAUUCCUGCAUCAAAAAGUGUUGGCUUUAUCAAUAAAGUUAAAGAACUAAGCAGCCAUAUUCCAUCUAUUGGGGGCUAUUUGAAGACGGGAACCAGCGAAGACUUUAUUACCAAUGAAGUGGAUGUUGGCGAAGGGCAGUUUGUUAGUUUUGGUGAGAUGCCAUCCACCAACAGGUCUUUAGGCCAACCUUCGAGGGUUGAAUUUGUCAAUUAUAAUAGUGAAAAUAAAUGGAGCCCACAGAAAGGCUCUCAUCAAAAGGUAGCUGAACAUAGUUCAAGUAUUUUAACUGUGGCUGAUGAAAAGCCUAAAGACAAUGGAUAUGAUGAAGAUGAUAAGCAUGAUGAUGAUGAUGAUGAUGACGAUGAUGAUUAUGGUACAGCAGAGAAUCAGUUAGUGAACAAGAUAACAGAGGAGGGAGGCAUACGUGCAGUACCAUCCAAAGAAUCUCUAGAACAGUUUACACAAAGGUGUAGUACACUGGAUCUUGUGAAAAUACUAAAAUUAAUCAAUACGAGACUGGAAGAUCCAAGUCUUGAUGUACAAAUGAAAUGCUUGUUUGCUUUAGAACACCUGCUGAGAAGCACCAUUCCUGAUGUAGCAACUAAAGUACUAGAAUGGAUCAAUCUACAGCAGCUGAUAGAGUCUGACAGCAGCAAAAUCAAAUCCAAGGCCAACAAGGUAGAUAAAGAUCUCAAUAAAAACUGUGAAAGAUCUAAUAAUUUCGAUUCAAGCCCAGAUCUUCUUGGCUCUGGAUCUCUUGACCACAGCAAUAUGACGCAAAAAGAGAGCGAUCUUUUCCAUGGAUUACAGAUACACGAAAGACAUCAAAAUACCCAAAUACAGUCACGUGAGGAAACUAACCAAUCAAUGAGCUCUGACUUCAGGGAUCUUCAGAUGAACUCACGUGUAAAAUCCAACCAAUCUUCAGCCAUCGAUGAUUUAAAUGACGUCGACUUGCUUGGAAGUUCAAGUGAUAAAACGAAUCUGACAAGUAACUCGUCUGAUGGAAAGAAAUCAUUUGAAACGUUCGAUCCUUUGGAUGUGAAAUUCGACAGCAAGAAAGGAUUAUUGACAGAAUCAAAUAGCUUGGAUGAUAUCCUGACUCUUAAUGAUACUCAUGUAAAUCCAUCCCCUUCACCCUUAUCUCCCCAAGGAAUGUCAUCUUCGUCACUAAUCCAACCAUCAUCAUCGACAUCAUCAUUAUCAUCAUCAUUAUCGUCUACCAAACUCAAUAUUCAAUCAACAAGCACUCCCCAUCAAUCUCCUAUCGGUCGUCAACCGAACAUUUCUGGAUUCGAAGAACCCUCAAGUUUUCUUAGCAACAUGAACAAUGUAAAUCUAGAUAUGAAGACUUCGACUUCUCAAAGACUGGAAGGACAAAAAAUAGGACAAGAUUCUGUUAAUUCCCCCUCUGAUAACCCAUAUAGCCUUGAAGCACUUGGGAAUCUGUCUUGUUUAACUGGAUUACCCACUAGUCAAACAGCCAAAUCUAGUUUGAGUGGUCAACCUGUCGGACAACCCGUAAGGCAGGCAGGUCUUAGUGAGCAAUCUGGUAUGAAAGGUGUAGAAACUGGAUUGCGUGGUCAGUCUGGUUUUACUGGUCAAUCUGGUUUUACUGGUCAGUCUGGUUUUACGGGCCAGACUGGUUUUACCGGCAUAUCUGGUAUCUAUGGAAAUGCUGUUCCCACUUCCAGUAGAUUUAUCCCUCGCCUGAUUGGUCCAAAUCCAAACCAUACGAUACCACUGAAUCUAUCCAAGCCAACCAAUCAGAAAACAGACUUUGAUUUCUUGUCAAAGCCUAAACGAGAAAGCGCAUUUAGCUUUGUUCAAGACGAAAUGAGGGCCAGCAAAAAAUGAAUUUUGAAUUUUAAAAAAAACCAGUUGCAACUGUUGAAAGUGGACUCCAAAGAAGACGACUGUAUUGUUCUUAUUAGAGAGGUAUAUUGUCCAUAUGCCUAUCAUCUAUACUCUUUACAAACAACAUUCUGGGAUAGCUGUUCUCUUGAAAGUGGACUCAAAAGGAGACAACUGGAUUGUUCUUAUUAGAGAGGUCUCUGCCUUGUCUCUCAACUAUACUCUAUGUAAAACACUUCAAGAAAGCUGUUCUUUCGAAAACUGAUGUUCGUACUAGAGAGGUGUGAUAGAAAAACGUUUUUCGUAAGGUGACGUCCGUGCUGUGAUUCCAGUGACACUGCUCUCUACACAUAGGGAACUUUCAUUUAUUACGGGCAUCAUGUAACCAGAGAGGGAAUUACGAUUAGAGAGCACGCACUAAAACCGUGAACAUUAAAUAGUACUAAUUAGUACUAUUUAAUACAGAACUCUUUGUUUUCUAUUGUUUAAUUAUCACUAUUUAGUGCUAAAAAUUAGUAUUUGYUUCACGGAUUUAGUGUGAGCACUCUAUAGACUGAAACUUUCUGUAAUUUAUGACUUAUUUUGUAAAAAAAAUAAAAUUAAAGUUGAAAUAUUUUUA